AAAAAAAAAAAAAAGAAAAGAAAAAGAAAAACCAAAAAAGCAAAAAAGAGGGUGCCAAGUAAAUGGCCAGACUCUCCAUUGCCCCAACGGCAAAUGCAAGGAUAACAGAAUGUCACGAUAAAUCUCGGUUAAUGAAGAGCAAAGGGUCAUUAUAUCCACAGGUAUCCCAAACAAGCCUAAAUAAUGAAAAGGUUCCAUCUUCUGUCUUCUUUUUUUUUUUUUUCUCUUUUUUUUUAUUGCCCUUUAAGAUAAUGGAACCCCCCCUCUUUCUUCGAUUCUGGAACAGGAUGAUGGCAAUGUUAGGGUUUGUCCUCCGUCCAUGUUGUCCCCAUCAAUCUGCCGCAUGGGUGGAGUCUGGCAAUUUAUGUGAUAAUAUUAUUAUGGGGACUGAUGCUUUCCUUCUUUGGGUGUGAGAAGAAGUAUGUGGAACACACAGUCACACGUACCCCAUAAUCUACCACUCAUGCGACUUUGUCUUGUCUUUCUAUCUUUGUUAUUCAGCUCGUGCGGCUUGGAGUGGGUUCCACAUCUUGGGGUUGGGUUCGUGUUUGUUCCUCACUGCCGGU